AGUAUAAAUAUACAAUUAUAAUAGUGUAUUAUUAUGUAUUACAUUAUCAAUAUUAUAUGUAUAUACAAUAUAUUAUUAGUAUAGCAUUAGGGUUGGAAAAGUUGUAUUGUAGUUCUCAUCAGCUCCUGUUAUGGUUAGUGGUCAGUGAUUUAUGAGUAUCUGGAAGGUUUUUCCAUCUCUGUAGUGCAUAAUUUGUUACAUAUAUGUCUGGAAAACCUAUUCCAUAAGUGGUUUACCAUUUGAAGUGUAUAACCCUAGAUUUAGUUCAUAAAAUUAUUAAAUUCCUUGAAGUAGGCAGUGCUGAGAUCAAGGAGCAGCCAAUAGUCUCAGACAUGGAGUCUUAACAUAGAAACCAGCUGUUUGUGUGAUGCUUUUUUAUCAGCUAUGCAGGUGCAGAGAGUUUGUAAACUGUAAUCUGGAUAGAUUUCAGUUCCUGUGACCAAUUUAAAUGCAAUUGAAGGAUAUUAGGUUGCAAAAGUUCUGCUGAAAAUAAAUAUAUAGUGGAUGAGAGGUGCCAAAGAAUGCUGAUACCUAAUUACAAGGCCCAGGAGUUCAUAGCAUUGAGCCAUAGCUGUUAAAAGUGAUGCCAAACUGGAUCAAUCCCACAGUGUAGAUGCAACCUAUAAGGGGAAGGGAAUUACCAGAUGAACCAAUUAAAAGGCUGACAUUGCAUUCUGGCUCUGAUUGGCUGGCUAGUUAGUACAAAUGGCUCCUAAUACUACUGGUUUCUUGCAGAUGUGUAGAAGCAAUAUAUAUUGUAAAGCUUUUUCUUUGGACCAUACGUAUUUUCUCCGUCCCAGUAAUACAGAGAUCAAGAUGGCAAGCCGCCCUGUUGAGGAGCAAAACUUACUCACUCAGCCAACUCCUGUUACAAAUACUUUAUCGCAGGAUGCCAUUUCCGAAGUCUCGGAGACCCGACAUGACGCCAACCCUGUGAUUCACAAUAGGCUGGAGAGCCAAAGAGUCAUCCAGACGCCUCUGCGGAGCCAGAAAGAGAAGGAGAGCAUCGAAGAAAGGCUCCAGGUGUAUUGCUACCUGCCCAAGAGGAGGGAGCCCCUUGGCUUCUAUAUGUCCCGCUCGAUCCCUUCCAAAGUGGAUUGUUUCCGAAAAAAGAGGCCCACGGAGGCCGGCCAGGACAACUUUCAAAGUUCUGCACCGUGAUCUGAACCCACCACACUUUUCCAUUCGUGAUAACUACGAAUACAAGAACUACGCUUUAUCUCAGCACUGCUGCUCCGAAGCUUGGUAAUUGCAUUUGGGAGCAUCCAAUGCAGCACUUCACUUUUGGCAUCCAGGUUGCUGUCACUCCUCUCAUAUCCGGCCUCUGAAUCCUGCUCUUAAAAACGAAUGAUAAAUAGUUCUAAUUCCACAGGGAGUGAAAGAGAGAAGCAUCUUUCUCCUUCUGUUAGAAAAAAGUAUUCCACUUUGGCAUGUAUUGUGUGGUAUGGAAUAUUUCUUGAGCUUUAACAAUGAUUUUUGUAAUAAAUGAUAUGAAACACA